AUGUUUGCUGGCGCCCUUUCGACAGCUAUUGCCCUCGUGGUUCUUACUUCUCGUGCCGACGCUCAUGGUUAUCUCAAACAGCCCGAGCCGGACUGGAAAGACUCUCCGAAUCCAGGCUGGAUUACCAUGGUUGACAACUACUGGGACAUCGGGUCUGGUGGCGAUCAAGUUGGCAAGUUCAAGACGAUGGCCAAGGAGAAAGGAAUGUCCGUGAAGGAUGUCGUGCUGGAUAUGGUCAAGGACCAGAAAUGCGGCAAUACGGUGGAAAAUGGUAGUCCGAAGCCCAUUCCGUCCGACGGUAAAGUCAAGUGGUUUGGCCAUCGUGGUGGCGGCUUCACUCACGUUGGUCCGUGCGAAAUCUACCUUGACGACAAGAUGGUACUUCACGGUGACGACUGCGAGGAGGAAUAUCCUGGCGGAUCCGACGGCUCGUCGUCGGGGUCGGAGAUGCCCGUGGACUUCUCUUCGUGCAACGGCAAAUGCACAUUGACGAUUUACUGGUUGGCGUUCCAGAAUGCACAGUGGCAGACCUACGUUAACUGCGUUCCCCUCUCGGGAAGUAGUGGAUCGACAACCCAAACGCAGGGCUCUCAGACAAGCUCGAAGACUUCGGAGACGUCUACCAUCCAGGCUUCUUCAGCGGGAAAGGACAAGGAAAAGUCUCCAGCGGCAGAUGCACCUUCAACAGAGCAGCAAUCGCCCUCGACCGAGCAAAAGGAGACCGAGGCUCCGAAGACUGAUAACAACGACAACGAUGCUCCGUCAUCAGAUCAAAAGGAAAACGAAACACCAAACACCAAUCAAAAGGAAAACAAGGGUUCCAAUAACGAGGAAAAGAAAAACGAGGCUCCCAAUACCGAACAAAAAGAAAACGACUCGCAAAAUACCGACCAAAAGGAAAACAAGUCUCCGUCGUCCGACCAAAAGGAUAAUCAGCCCCCAUCGUCCGACCAACAAUCUCCUCAAGCACCUUCUCCGGAGCAACAGUGGACCCAGGCGCCUUCGAACAACCAGCAACCCACGCCAGCGCCCCCUUCAAAUCAGCAACAGUGGACGCCAGCCCCUGCGAACAACCAGCAACCAACUUCAGCCCCCGCGAACAACCAACAACCGACUCAGGCUCCGUCGAAUGACCAGCAAAACAAUCAGCAGCAGGAGCAACAACAACAACAGUCUCCUUCGACAGAGCAGCGGUCUUCGGUCUCCUUCAACAGAGCAGCGGUCUUCGGUCAACUUCAACACGCUGAAUGGAGGAACCGGCACCGUGCAACCUUCUACGAAUCUCCGUCUGUAGACAGUGCAUCGGUACCGCGAAAGUCGCAGUAUCAUCGACAUUGA